AUGCAAAAGCUCAAGGUAUCCGCGUCCGAGGCCGACUCGGUGCUCCAGAGCGUCAUGCCGAUCGAUCUCGUAAACCGUGGGUCGGCGCUCUUCUACACAAACCACCUCGACGAAGACGACAAUGACAACCUCCUCGACUUGCAUUUGCUGCUCGUGGGCCUCUUGGAUGCACUGCAGCCAGGGACGCGGCUCAUUUGCCGGGACGGCUUCUUUGGCCCCACUUGGGACGAGAGUAGGCAGUCGGCGCCGACGCGCAAGGCCUUGUUCCAGACGCUCCUCGCCGACGUCCUGCCGCCGCUCUUGCAUCAAGUGCUCGACGAGCGCGCGUUCAAGAUUGACCACCAAGACGACUUUAUGCCAUUCCACAAGCUCGUCAAGGAGUACGAGACGACGCAAGUGGUCACGCUUCCGUUUGUAUUUGCGGCGCAGUGCCUGCUCGAGUCGAUUUUGGCGGUCCAAGGACCCCCCUCGGACGCGGUAACCGUGGCCAGCGUCGGGGCGUACGCGACGGACGCGAUGCGCCGUGUGCUCCAGCACCUGCAGACGUUCAAGGAGUCGCCCGGCGAGCUCUUUUCACCGCCGCACACGAAGCGCAACCUCAACGUCACGGUGGCCUGGCUCGGCAAUACGCUUCGUAUCGCGACCACGUACCCUGGCUUUACCGAGAACGAGGUCGCACGCGCGUGGCUCAACCCGUGGAUGGCCGGCCAGCAUGUGCUCAUGACCACGAUGACGCUGGGCCUCGACACGGGCAUUUUCCUCUUGGACGACAUUGGCCAAGGCCGCUUGGUGCUCCACCUCUACAACGCGCUCCGUAUUCGCGAUCACGUUGCGCCCGUACCGGUGCUCGACAUGCUCGCCGACCUCUUUGAACAGGGCAAGUCGGUGUGGGCCGGCAGUCGCCCCAACGCGCCCGGUGGGUUCCUCAAGGCGCACCUUCUCGCGUGGGGCUACGAAGCCAAGGAUGCACCGGUCGUGGCUGCGAGCUCCCGCAACCAAGCCGGCGAGGUGGACGCCAAGACUGCGCACCGCGACAGCAAGGACCGCCGGAGCAAGUUUCAAAAGGCGCAUGCAAAGAUGCAGCGAAAGGGCCGGACGCUGAAUGUGACGGAGCCCGAGCACCUCAGCCGCGCGUACCGCCUCGCCACGUACAUGGAGGCGCCGGUGAUGCGCAACGAGAAGCUGCCGUCGAUGCGAGACCUCCAGCGCACGAUGGACGCCGAGUGGGACCGCUAUUUGCAUCUGGACUUUGGUGCGAUCGGCCUCCUCUUUCGCGAGAUCUGGACACACCUGGUGCGCACGCUCGGCUUCUCGGGCGUCGGGCCCCAGUGUCCGCAAUUUGAUCCAGACUGGCGCGAGACCCAAGAGAACAACCAGAUCCACAAUGAGAAUCUGUGCCUCCAGACGCUCCUCUUUUACUGCGACGAAGACCCCGCGUCGCCCAAGCUCGCGGUCGCCGCCGAGGUUCUUGCUUCGUACGCGACGCGCCUCGAAACGGAUGUGCUCGUCGCCCCAGCCUAG